AGCAUGGACCAAAAGGAAACAACUACAAGAAAGAGGUUAAGAGUUCCCACAAAGAAAAUGAAGGACCUGCAUAAUAAUCCUCCCCCAAUUGAGCAAUCUGAUUUUUUGGCAUUCGUCAGAUGGGAGGACGGUUAUUCCGGCAAAAUCUUUACAGGAGCAGACAUUUUGUCAAGAUUCUGUUUUAGCAAAGUGGUCAGAUGGUAAAUUUUAUAGGGCAACUGUUGAAUAUAUUUUAGGUAAAGAUCAGACUCAGUCACCAAAAGGCUGCCAAACUCCACAGGAGUCCUUUUUAAAUAUGUUGGAAGCCAGUGAGCCAUCACAUUCAACAUCAGGGUCUGACACUAUUACAGUAGAUCAGAACCCACUGUCUGAUCAUGAUAAUAUUACAGCGUUGAAUCUAUCAAGUGACGGGGGACUUUUUUAAAAUAUGAAAAUGGCCCCCGCUUGCUUUGAUUUUUCAGUGUGCGGCCCUCAGUGGAAAAAGUUUGGACACCCCUGCCAUAUGGUCUCAACAUCAAAGGUCCAUUUCCCUACGAAGACCAUGCAUCCUGCCCAUCAACCAAUGGCCUCACCACCGAAGGUUGAUCACUAUGGAGGCUGUACACCCCGCCCAUCCCCACACGACUUCAACAACGCUGGCCCAUCACCAAAUGUCCACAACACCUCUGGUCCUUCACCCGGCAUACACAAAAGGUUGCCACCUAGCCGGAUGAAUCCACCUGAGAAUAAUAACGCAGCUUUCCUGGCACCAGGCAGGAAAGAUGCAGACAACCCAUCUGUUGAGGACACUAUCUGUUAUCAACCACAGGCAGAAAAAUCAUGGACGCCAUGUGAUGGAUGUAGGGAGGAGUUGGAAAAAAUCCGGCGAGAAAAGCAACGAAUCGAAGAAGUCCUCUUGAAAAUAGAUCCGGGCCAAGUCAGAGUACUUCAAACUCUCUGUGACCUCGUUGGAGACAAAUACAGCGACGGCCCUCCUCAACAAUCGGACCAGCAAGAGCUCUUUCCUGAGAGCGGCGUAUUCAUAUCAUCGUUCCGCCUUGCUGCCAUGAGACAUGCUUCAAAACCCAAAUGUAUGCGUUUAUUCCACGCACUUUUUGACCUCUUUUUUUACAGUAGAGGAGUGUUCCUUUUGGUCGCCCUGGAAACAAACCUGCAGGAACACGAAAGCGCAUCCUUGACCGGAAAAAAGUUGAAGGAAUCCUAAGUAAGUUUUCCCAAACUGAGGGUGUUUUCAGGCCAAAUUUGGGUAACAAUAAUUAAAUAGAAGUUCAAUAUGAGAAAUGUUGAUCCAUUAUCGAUUACAGUUCACUG